UCCUCCUCCUCCUCCUCCUCUCUCCCUGUCAGUUGACUGUUUCCUGGCUGUUUUCGGUGUGUGUGUGUGUGUGUGUGUACGUACAUGUGUGUGCGCGUGUCUGUUAGCUAGCUUGAAGCCUUCAGCUCGAUCGGGCGCAGUAACGACGCGAACAUGGCGGACACAGCCAGGGACCCUCCACCCGAGCUCACCGACUUCCAUGAGGUGGAGGACGGUGAGGACCUGUUUCCAGAGCCCACGGCCACACAGGAGUCGGCCAGUCUGACGGCUGUGGACAUCAGCACCAGCUCAAACGGACCCAAACAGGACUCGCUGUUCGACGAUGAAACGGAGGAUCUGUUCGCAGAGGCGACGGAGGAGGUGUCGUUGGACAGUCCGGAGAGGGACGUCCUGCUGUCUGACGGCCCGUCACCCGCCAUCACCCCCAUCACUCCUCCCACCUCUGUCAUCACCCCUCGCAUCGGCCACGCCCACGACGACAUGUUCACACACUCCUCGUUCGAUGAGAUUGAAGAAGAGGAGGGCAGCGAUUCUUUCGACAUCCACAUAUCAGUGUCUGACCCCGAGAAAGUUGGUGACGGGAUGAACGCGUACAUGGCCUAUAAAGUGACCACGAAGACGUCCAUGUCCGUCUUCAAGCUGAACGACUUCUCCGUCAAACGCCGUUUCAGCGACUUUCUCGGCCUACACAGUAAACUGGCCUCCAAGUACCUGCACAUCGGCUACAUCGUCCCCCCCGCCCCGGAGAAAAGCAUCGUGGGGAUGACGAAGGUGAAGGUGGGGAAGGAGGACCAGUCGUCCAACGAGUUUGUGGAGAAGAGGAGGUCGGCGCUGGAGCGGUAUCUGAUGAGGACAGUGAAGCAUCCCAUCCUGCUGAAGGAUCCUGACGUCCUGCAGUUCCUGGAGAGCUCGGAGCUGCCGCGGGCCGUUAGCACUCAGGCUCUGAGCAGCGCUGGAAUCCUGCGGAUGGUCAACAAGGCAGCCGACGCCGUCAACAAGAUGACCAUCAAGAUGAACGAGUCCGACGCCUGGUUCGAGGAGAAGCAGCAGCACUUUGAGAAUCUGGACGUCCAGCUGAGGAAGCUUCACGCCAGCGUGGAGUCUCUGGUCUGUCACCGGAAAGAGCUGUCUGUGAACACAGCACAGUUUGCCAAGUCGGCGGCCAUGUUGGGGAACAGCGAGGACCACACAGCUCUGUCCCGAGCUCUGUCCCAGCUGGCCGAGGUGGAGGAGAAGAUCGACCAGCUGCACCAGGACCAGGCCAACGCCGACUUCUACCUUUUCUCUGAGCUGCUGGGAGACUACGUCCGGCUGAUCACUGCUGUGAAGGGCGUGUUUGACCACCGCAUGAAGACGUGGCAGAAGUGGCAGGACAGCCAGAUGCUGCUGCAGAAGAAACGAGAAGCUGAGGCCAAACUGCAGUUCACCAACAAGCCCGACAAGCUGCAGCAGGCCAAAGACGAGAUCAAAGAGGAGAUUGAGGAGCUGGAAGGGAAGGUCCAACAGGGAGAAAGAGACUUUGAGCAAAUCUCCAAAACCAUCCGGAAAGAAGUCAGCAGGUUCGAGAAGGAGAGAGUGAAGGACUUUAAAAUGAUCAUUAUUAAAUACCUGGAGUCCCUGGUUCAGACACAACAGCAGCUGAUUAAAUACUGGGACGCCUUCUUACCCGAGGCCAAGGCCAUCUCAUAGUGGCCCUCCUGACUGGCUGCGGUCAAACUACACUACCCAUAAUCCCCCUGUCCUCUCAGCUCUUCUGCUCCGUCUUCAGUUUCUGCUUUAGCUGAACUUGGUGCUGCGUUCACUUCCCCAGUGAUCCUUCAGGUGGAAGAAAACAAAAACAUUUAAAUAAAUGGAAUUAGGAUGGAAGCUCAUAAGGCGGCGUGACCCUGAACGCAGCACGACUUUCAGCUUUACUCCCCACAAACAGGCUCUAACAUUCAUCCCUUUUACACCCAUAUUUAAACUUUAAGUUAAAUAAAUUAUCCGGGUCAUUGAAGGAUGGGGGCAGCUUCUUACCAUAAAAGUGAAAAUAGAAAAAGAUGAUAAGUGGCGAACUCAUGAACAUCGACAGAAAUGAGUCAGCUAACAAGAGAGGAAGGAAGCUGCAGAAAACGCUGGAACAAAAAGACAGGAAGUGAACAUUAAAUUUAGACUCAUUCAUAAAAACUCCAUUUGUAAGCAGCAACUUAAACGCUGAUGAAUUAAAAGUUAUUAUUUUGUACUUUAAACCAUUUCUCAUAGGUGGGUUUAAUUUUUCGAGGAGCAGUUUUCCAUCCAGUGGUGUGAAAAACGACCCAUUUUAUUACAGUCAGAUUCAACAGAUUGGAGAUUUUUUUGCUUUUGUACUCCAGUGAAAAUAUUACGACUAUUAAGAGGAAACUAAACGUCUCACUCUGGAUCUCGAACCAUCUGAGGUUGACCGACUCGCCUACGCUCAUUAACCCUUUAACCUCUAAUCCAAGAAAUAAACAAUAAUCUGAAGUAUUUAUUUGGUCCUUUAACAAAAUGUAAAAAUAAAUAAAAAUAAUUUGCAUAUGUAGCAUUUACUACUGUGUAAUAUGUCAGAAUUAGUGUAGUACGACAUACAUCCACCAGGGGGCGAAAGACAAGCGUCACAUUGUAAACAACAGGUUGUGGAGCAGUUUUUACCAUGAAGUGAUGAAAUAGGUCUCUAUUUCUGGAUUGAACAGAUCCGAUACAGAACGAGGUUAAAGGGUUAAAUUCCAUCAUUAUUUAUCAGACUUUAAUAUUUUUCCUACGUUUUAUGGCAGAAUUGUCCUCCAUGUUUCUGAAUGUGGAUUGUGGUUAUUAAUGAGUUUCAUGGCCGUGCACCUCUCUAACUUCACCCUCCUGUUUCCCGCCCAGCAACAGCAUCGGACUGCUCUCUGAUUGGAUGUGGAAGUUUAGAUGAAGAAUAUCCGGUUCUCCGUCUCCUUUUCCGGUUGAACUUGUUUCUUUUCUCCUUUU